CGAGUCCUUUCGGAGUAUAGAUAAGCGUCUGGAAGAAGAGUGCAAAACUGUUGAAAACCCACAGUACGUUACUAGCGCAAAGGAUCUAGCACUAGCAAAGUCGCACGUGCGAAACGUGGUUUUCGCCUUCGCGCUUCAGCUUAGAGCGGCUCCCCCCCCGCGCGAUGACCCCAGCGCUUUGCGAUGGACGGAGCUCGGUGAUGUGCUGCACAUGGCAAUGACAUUCAGCUCGGUGUUUGGAUCCAUAAAAAAGAGACCCGCAAAUGCCCCGGCGGCAGCUUCGGGGAGACCUGUCAUGUGCGAUGCGCUCUUUGCGGAUGAGAAAAAAAUGGAGACAUUUUGGACCCAGUACCGUGCUUCGCCGGCGAGUGACGCAACGGGAAAGCAACGAGUCUACACCGAGAGUGCAGGCGACUUGAUAUUGGAGGCGAUUGCGGUGGUCUUUAUGACGG